UUCUUCAAGCCUUCCUCGCCGGUGGUACAGAGCCCCAGGCUUCCCGCUUCUCCGAAGCCGCUGGACAACAUCACCCUCAAGGAAGAGCAGGAAGUUCUGGAGAAGUCCCUGGGAAGUCCGCAGAGCAUGUCCAGCGUUGAGGAAGAGGAGGAGGAAGAAGACAACAACAACGAUUCCCCUUCGUCCAAUUCCUCGCGGCCCCUCAAAGUGCGGAUCAAAACCAUCAAAACAUCCUGCGGCAGCAUCACCCGGACGGUGACCCGGGUCUCCUCGGACUCGGAGCCGGGCUCCACCAAGGGGCCGCCGGAGCAGAGCUCCCAGGAGAUCUGCCUCGAGGGUGCCGGCUUCUUGGCGGAGCGAGAGGAAGGGGUCGCUCUGGAGGUGCCCCAGGAAAAAAUGGAGCUCUCCAGCCCCUUGAAAACCGUCGAGGGGCCGAAAAUUGUCAGCGUUCAGCUCGGCAACGGCACCAAACUCAAAGGCACCGUCCUGCCCGUCUCCACCAUCCAGAACGCCAGCAGCGCCAUGCUGAUCGCCGCCAGCGUGGCUCAGCAGAAAUCCGUGGUGCUGCCGGCGAAGACGGGGAAAGCCGUGGCCAAGAACAUCAUCAACCUGGUGCCGCAGACGCUGCCCAAAGCCGACACCAGGACCAACGUCAGCACCGUGACUCAGACCUCCACCGUCACCACCACGGCCAACCAGAAAGUCAACGGCACCACGGUUGUCAUGGUGCAGCCGCAGAAGCCUUCCCCGACCGUCGCCGGCACCGUCAUCUCCCGGAGCCAAUCCAGCCUCGUGGAAGCCUUUAACAAGAUCCUCAACAGCAAAAACCUCCUGCCGACGUACAAACCCAACCUGAACCCUCCGGCCGACGCCAGCCUCGCCCUGCCUCCCUUCGGAUACCGCUGCCUGGAGUGCGGAGACUCCUUCGCCCUGGAGAAGAGCCUGGCUCGCCACUACGACCGCCGGAGCAUGCGCAUCGAGGUGACCUGCAACCACUGCACCAAACGCCUCGUCUUCUUCAACAAGUGCAGCUUGCUGCUGCACGCCCGGGAGCACAAGGACAAGGGGCUGGUGAUGCAGUGCUCCCACCUCGUCAUGAGGCCCAUCGCUUUGGAUCAAAUGAUCGGACAGCCGGACAUCACCCCCCUGGUCUCCGUCACGGCCUUUCCCGCCAGCAAAGUGACCGGCGUGGCUCAAGACGCCUUGACCGCCGCCAACGGGGUUCAGGACCUUCCCAUCCUGCCGCUGAGCACCAGCGCGGAGCAGAGCAACUACAGCUGCUUCCGGUGCCUGGAGUGCAAGGAGCAGUGCAAGGAUAAAGCCGGCCUGGCUGCGCAUUUCCAGCAGGCAGUGACCACCGGGACGACCAGCA